GUAACCGAAAUACCCGUUGCUCUGCGCGUCUACCCCCGUCCCAUCCCUCUCUCUCUCUCGAGCUCCAAAUCCCAUGAACACAGCGGAAUCCACCAAAUCUCCCCCUCCUUUGAAUCCCUCGAUCCAUCCCGAGCAUUUCGGUGGGUGUUGAUAGGGUUUCUGACCCAAAAAUUCCAAGGUUUCGAGGGAUUCAGGUGAAGGAAAUUAAAUUGAGUUUUGCCAUGGGGGCUGCCAUGGGGGCCUCGGGGUUGUCCACGGACAAUCUUCGUGGACUCGCAUUGGCCCUGUCGUCGAGCUUUUUCAUCGGGUCCAGCUUUAUUAUUAAGAAGAAGGGGCUCAAGAAAGCAGGGGCAACUGGAAUCAGGGCAGGAUCAGGAGGGUAUUCAUACUUAUAUGAGCCAAUGUGGUGGGCUGGAAUGAUUACUAUGAUAAUUGGUGAGAUAGCGAACUUUGCUGCUUAUGCAUUUGCUCCGGCAAUUCUUGUAACUCCGUUGGGAGCUCUUAGUAUUAUUGUCAGUGCAGUGCUAGCUCAUUUUAUACUGAAGGAAAAACUGCACAUAUUUGGGGUUCUUGGUUGCAUUCUCUGCGUGGUGGGUUCUACUAGUAUUGUUCUACAUGCCCCAAAAGAAAGGGAUAUUGAAUCAGUUACACAAGUGUGGGAUCUUGCUACUGAACCAGGUUUUAUUGCAUAUAGUGUUGUGGUCGUGUUCUUGGUUAUUUUACUCAUCAUCCAAAUGGCACCACGUUAUGGUCAAACACAUUUGCUAGUAUAUGUCGGAAUAUGCUCGCUCAUGGGUUCCCUAACAGUUAUGGGUGUAAAAGCUAUGGGUAUUGGCCUAAAGCUUACGUUUGAAGGAAUGAAUCAAUUUGUCUUUCCUCAGACUUGGUUUUUCACAGUUGUCGUAAUUAUCUGCUGUCUUGUGCAGAUGAACUAUCUAAACAAGGCAUUGGACACCUUCAAUACCGCUGUAAUAUCUCCAGUCUACUAUGUGAUGUUUACCAUUCUCACCAUUUUUGCUAGCAUGAUCAUGUUCAAGGACUGGAACUCACAGAAUGCAUCACAGAUUGUGACUGAAAUAUGUGGGUUCAUUACCAUUCUUUCGGGAACUUUCCUUCUUCACAAGACAAAAGAUAUGGGUAACAGUUCAACCACAGAACCUCCAGCUUUGAGCAACUCGUAGGAAUUGUGAACCAGCAAAGACUCUUCUCCUUCUUUGGUCAAGGUUGUCGUCUGUCAAGUAACACUUCAAGGCUCGUAUUUUUGAAUUGAAACUCUCAUGAGACAGCCCAUGAAAUUUUUGUAAGACGGAGAUGAAUCUGGUAUCUUUUCUGACCAUAUUUGUGGAGCACAGAGAAAGGACCUGGCUAUAAUUUUUCAGAAGAAUGAGGGAAUUCUGUUUUGUUCAGUUGGAAAGGCCAACUCAAACAAUAGUUCUCAUUGGGAUAAACUUCACUGUGACUCUUGACAUGCCAUUACAUUUCCCAAGGACCAUGGUGCGGUCCUAAAGCAUAGGUUCCUUGAAGGACUGUAUCUGCCUCUACAUUUUUCAUUGGAGACUUGACCCAUGGAUGAAAACUAGGGAAUUCUGCUCUUUUUUUUUUUUGGCUACCAAAUAUUUUCUUGAUGACUUUUCAUUCUUGGAUUCUUAUUGCCUUGUUUGUAAGAUCUGUAUGUAUCCUUGUUCUUAUGUCAAUAUGUAGAAAGAAAACUACAUGUUUCUAGUUAGACAUUAAUUCAGGAAA